AUGAAGACCGAAAUCGGUCCCGAAUUGGCCGAUGAUCAGGCUUUGGCCCGGCUAGGUAAAAAGCAGGUCCUGAAGCGACGAUUCGGCUUUUAUUCCAUUGUCGGCUUUGCCAUGGCCGAGUUGAUCACGUGGGAAACGGUCCUUACACUUUUCUACGAAUCCUACGAGAAUGGUGGCUCCGCUGGUGCCAUCUAUGGCUAUAUAAUCGCCUGUCUUUCUACCCUAUCCACUUAUACCGUCAUUGCCGAGUUGGCUUCUAUGGCACCCAUUGCCGGUGGUCAGUAUUAUUGGGUUUAUAUGCUGGCCCCAAUGCGGUGGAAGAAAGUUUGCUCUUAUCUGAUUGGAUGGUUGACUUCAUUGGCAUGGAUUGCCACAAUUGCAACCGAGACUAUCUUCUUGGGUACCAUGAUUGAAGGGUUGGUCACCUUGAACUACCCGGACUUUGCUCAACAGCGAUGGCAGAAUACCCUAUUAGCCUGGGCUAGUGUGGCUGCGACAUUCUUCAUCAAUGUGGUCAUCCCAAGCAUCUUACCCCGGUUUGAGAUUGUUAUCCUCGUCCUUCAUUUGGCUGGUUUUAUCGGAGUCACUGCUACUUUACUCGCAAUGUCGCCGAAGAAAUCUGCUCAUUUUGUCUUCCAAACGACAUUGAAUGAAGGUGGUUGGCCUACUCAGGGCAUCUCAUUCUGUGUGGGCUUUAUCGGAAACAUUGCAACCUUUGUCGGUGCUGACGCUAGUGUUCACAUGGCCGAAGAAGUUGCCAACGCUGCGACUGUGAUUCCACAAGCGAUUAUCACUGGAAUGACGCUAAACAGUCUCCUCGGCUUUUCUAUGAUGCUCACAAUUUUGUUCUGCCUGGGCGACGUCAAGUCAGUCCUGGGUUCAUCAACAGGCUUCCCUUUCAUCCAACUCUUUUACAACAGCACCAAUUCCUACGCAGGGGCAUCGGUCUUGACUGCCCUUAUCAUGGUACUAACGAUGGCAUGCUCUACUGGUAUCACCGCCACCGCAUCUCGUAUGACCUGGUCCUUUGCCCGGGACCAGGGAUUCCCCUUCUCCCACUACCUGAAGAAGGUGAACAAGCGCACCCAAGUACCCCUCGUAUCUGUCUCCGUAGUCUGCGGAUUGGCCUGUGCCCUGACCCUCAUCUACAUCGGAUCCACCACUGCCUUCAACGACGUCAUUUCCUUGACCGUCACCGGAUUCUAUUGUACCUACUUCCUCCCCAGCGCCUUCCUGCUUUACCACCGGAUCAAAGGAAAUGUUCUCCCCCAUGGCACCAUGCUUGACGGAAGCCACCCCGAUGCAGCCACUAGCGCCCCUGCCAGUACCAAGGAAAAGCCCGCCUUUGUGCAACCCAAAGAACCCGGCGAGGAAGACCAUCUCCCUAUCUCUAGCCUAGGCAGCCCCGAACGCAACAUUGUGAAUGAAGACAAGCGCCCAUUGGAGUUUGAGAUUGCCCAGGCCCCCCUUAUCUGGGGCCCGUGGAAAGUCCCCGGUAUUCUGGGAACCAUAAACAAUGCGUAUGCUUGUGUGUACAUGCUCUUUGUCGUGUUCUGGAGUGUCUGGCCUCCACAGACACCCGUUGACUACACGACUAUGAACUACAGUAUAGUUGUUACCGCCGGUGUUUUGGUCCUAAGUGGUAUCUGGUAUCUUGUCCGUGCGCGCAAGGAAUACAAGGGCCCCCUUAUCGACGAAGAAGUUGCGGAGAUUAUGCACCUCACACCAGGAGCGGUGAGAUCGCAAUGA